AUUUUUGGUUAUACGGUCAGUGGGGAAUUUCGUCGAUCACAAAGCAAGCACAGCACUAAUUUUGUGAAAAUCGAACUCAAAAUUAUAUCCACGUCCAACCGGGCGGACCCCAUCUGUGGUCCUCUCCUCAGUCUUUGAUCGAUCGAUCAAUCCUUCCAAAGGGUAUAAUUUUAUUUUCAUUCCCAGAAUCUACUCUCUGUGGCCACAGAACCCCUGCAAGAUUUCCUCUAAAAAACCGUCAUUCUUCAUCUUUUCAAUCUCAAACAUCUCACCAUAAGUUGUUCUCUGCUUCCCACGGCACUUGUCUUUUACUCUUUCUCUAUAUUUGUUUUCUUUAACUCUAUUAUUGAUGUUUAGCUAAAAUCUAUUAGUUUUCUCCAUGUUAAACUGAUCAGAAUGGAUUGAGCAGUGAUCUCUAAUCACCAUAUCUAUUUUUAUCACUCUCACAAUGCAUCAACCUUCUACGGUAACACAGGAAUCUGGCCCCGUAUUUGAUUUUGUCGGUCAAUUAGGUCGCUUUACCUUUAAUACAGCUUUUCAGAGCGCAAAUUCAAAUGGGUACUCUUCAUUCAAGUCAAAUUAUUUGUUUUUUGAGAGUCCUUCUGGGAAAACGAAGCGCAAAGUAGCUGCUUCGCUUAGAUUGGGAGGCUGGGGCACUUCUAGUGUUAGAAGGAUUUGGAGUGAGUUCAAUAGGGCUAUUAGGUUUCACUGUGAGAGUAUCCCAGUUGGGUUUGCUUCCGUUCAGGUUGGUUCUGGCGAUAGUAACGGUGAUAAUGGCAAUGGCUUAAGAGACGAUGGAUGCGGUGUUCUGGUUGACGGGGGCUUGCCUUUGAAUGGAGUAGAGGCUGAAAGCCGGAAAAAAGUUCUCAUUUUGAUGAGUGACACUGGGGGUGGCCACCGAGCUUCUGCAGAGGCUAUUAAGUCAGCGUUUCACGAAGAAUUUGGUGAUGACUACCAGGUGUUUAUUACUGAUUUAUGGUCAGAGCAUACACCUUGGCCAUUUAAUCAAUUGCCCAGAAGCUACAAUUUCUUGGUGAAACAUGGACCAUUGUGGAAAAUGACAUAUUAUGGGUCUGCACCUCGUGUGAUUCAUCAAUCUAAUUUUGCUGCAACUUCUACUUUUAUAGCCCGGGAGGUCGCCAAAGGAUUGAUGAAAUACCAACCUGAUGUUAUUAUCAGUGUACAUCCACUUAUGCAACAUGUUCCUCUUCGUAUAUUGAGGGCAAAGGGUCUUUUGCAGAAGAUAGCUUUUACUACAGUUAUCACAGAUUUAAGCACCUGUCAUCCUACGUGGUUUCAUAAGCUUGUCACAAGAUGUUAUUGCCCAACAACAGAUGUAGCUAAGAGGGCAUUGAAAGCUGGGCUUCAGCCUUCCCAAAUUAAGGUUUAUGGCCUUCCAGUGCGCCCUUCCUUUGUUAAGCCUGUUCGACCAAAGGCUGAACUAAGAAGAGAAUUAGGAAUGGAUGAAGAUCUUCCAGCUGUGUUGUUAAUGGGAGGAGGGGAAGGAAUGGGUCCAAUUGAGGCAACUGCACGGGCACUUGCGGAUUCGUUAUAUGAUGAGAAUCUCGGUGAGCCAAUAGGUCAGGUGCUGGUGAUAUGUGGUCGCAACAAAAAGCUGGCCAACAGACUGCUUUCAAUUGAUUGGAAGAUUCCUGUGCAGGUGAAGGGCUUUGUCACUAAAAUGGAGGAAUGCAUGGGUGCUUGUGACUGUAUUAUAACAAAGGCUGGCCCAGGAACAAUUGCGGAAGCAAUGAUUAGAGGCCUCCCUAUAAUCCUGAAUGAUUUCAUUGCUGGGCAGGAAGUCGGAAAUGUGCCUUACGUGGUGGAAAAUGGAUGCGGCAAAUUUUCAAAGUCACCAAAAGAAAUUGCAAAUAUUGUUGGUCAAUGGUUUGGUCCAAAGGCAGAUGAGCUCAAGGCCAUGUCACGAAAUGCACUGAAGCUAGCAAGACCAGAAGCUGUAUUCAAGAUUGUUCAUGAUCUUGAUGAGCUUGUUAGACAAAAAAAUUAUGUACCUCAGUCCCAAUAUGCCUGUGCCAGUUGAACGUAUUAUUUUGCUAAUGAUCAAUUUUGACAGUAGUUCAUUUACAGUGUAUAGUGGGCUAAGUAGGAGUGCUUUUUUCUGCUGAUGCGCUUGAUUUAUUGUGAAAAUAAAUGGAAAAAUAAUUUUGCUCAUGAUUUAAA